GUUCUAUCGGACAUCCAUGCCUCUUCGAGCCAUGUAGGGAAGUGGUGCCCAGAGAUAAUCUGCAGCUCUGAUGGACGCCAAAGGCAAAGGUGGCAAGGGUGCCAAGGGGCCGAAGUCAGAUGCCAGUGCGGUCAAAGGGCCCAAAGGCAAAGGAAAGGGAAGCUCGAGCUCCACGACAAAGCCUGAGAUCAGCCCGACAAAAGCAAUGAAACCCCUGUGGUGGAGGAGGCUCUUGCUAGGAUCUGACAUCAAGGCUGCUGGAUCGAUCUGGGAGAAGAUCGAAGAUGCGACCAAAUGUUUACCCAUUGAGGAAUUUGAGACGAGGUUCAGCAAGACUCAGCCUGCGAAGCCAUGCUCUCAGGCAGCUGAAUUAGAGACCAUCCCGGUGAUUCGAGUCAGCAACGCCUCCCAUGACCGGGAGCUGCGGCUGCUGCCACCACCCAAGGAAGUGGCAGAAAGUCUGAUGAACUUGGAUGACCGUUGCUUGGCGCUUGAUGAGCUUGAACGACUUCAACAGCAUGUGCCGGCCUCAAUGAAGGACCUAGAAGCUCUGAAAAGUGCGAUGGAGCUUCAGCCGCAUGCUCGCCUGGGUCGCAUGGAAGAAUACUGGCUCGCAGUUUCCCAGAUCCCGGCCUGUGCUGAGCGCAUGGCUUCGUGGCAUUUCGUGAGGACCUACCGUGAACGGGUCAGGCAUCACACUGAACACUUGCAGGAUCUCAGCGAUAUGUUUUCCAGCCUCUUGAACUGUGAGGCUCUCCCAGCUUUGCUUUAUUCAAUCCUCUCCACGGGCAACUGGCUGAACUCAGGCACUGUGGACGGAGACGCCGCAGCCUUCGAUCUCAAGCUGCUUCCAGAGCUCUAUGAAGUAAAAGGAGCUGAUAACUCAAGUUUGCAGCAUUGGAUUUUCUCAGAGUUCUUUGAUUCAGUAGACAGUCGAGCAGCUGAUUUUCUUGAAGCUUUUAGCCCAAUGUUGCAGAACGUGAGUCGGAAGGUCCUGAACGACGAAGCAAAGGUGAGCAAAGGGGUUCACUUGACAUUGGAAGAAUGCGAUGAGGCCCUCUCUGGGUUGGAGGCAGAGCUCUGCAGAGUGCAGGACGAGCUCCAACGAUGCUUGGAGCCUCUUGAUGCAACUGAUCCAGUGAAGCGCCGUUUGCAACGAGAGUUCACUACAGCUACUGCAUCUAUGGCUGCUGUGGGUCAACAAAGGGAUGCUCUCAAAGUGCAGUUCGGUGAGCUUUUGAAGUGGCUCCAGAUGACCGAGACGAGGAGUGCCGAUUUUUGUCUCAUGUGGGACAACUUCUUGCUGCCCCCUGAUUUGCUUGUGGCACGUCACCAGGAUGCAUACAAGAACAACACCUUUGAGGAGCUUUUCUGUCAGGGCGAGACCUUUAGUGUGCAAGAAUUCCAAGCCAUUUGGGAGUUAGAUCGGACAUAUGGCACCUUUGGAGAAGAAGGAGAUCCUCCAUUUCAGAGGCAGCUGUCCCGAUCGCCGGCAGGCUCGCCUGCAGAAGCUUCUCCAAGUACGAGCCACCUGAGCCAGCUGCAGCUGAUCCCGCUUCCCUGGACAAAGAUUGAGGUGUCAAGUGGUCACAGUGUCUGGAAUGCCGUGCAGGCCCAAGUGGCGUCUCCCAUCCCCCAGGCAGAAUUACUGCCUCGAUUCUCAGCCAAAGCAGUUGCGGAAGCUCAAGAGCAAAGAUUGGCCAAGGAGGCCAAGUUCCAGCAUGAACCCAGUGCGACGCAAAGCCAAGGUGAGGCCUUGCCCAAUGUGAAGGAUCCAGAGACGUUGAAGGACCCUGAAGAAGCUCGAAGUUUGCAACAGGAACCUCAUGUAGUGUUGACAUCCUUCGUCGCAAGCUACUCGAAGACAUUGGAAGCAUGUUCCAAACCUUUGGAGGAUCUUCUUGAUGUUGCACAAUGUUUCCUUUGUUCAGAGGUUCUGCCAGAUUUCCUGGCGCUGGUCCUGGCGACUGGGAACUACCUCAAUGGAGGAACAGCAAGAGGGCAGGCAGAUGGUUUUGACUUGAGCGAGAUGAGUAAGCUGCAAGGGAUUCAAGAUUUUGACGGCAAAGACUUGCGCCACUUCAUCUUCGAGGUCUUCUGUAGGCAAAUGCCCUGCCAAGCAGAACAGUUCUUCAAAGACUUGCGGCCAUGCUUCCAAAAUGUGCGAAAGGCGAUCUCCAAAGAUGCCAUGGGCACUGCCAGGCUGGAGAAGACCGUUGUGCAUGACUUGGAGACGUUGGAUGAGCAGGUCUCCCAGCUGCAGAGAGAUUUGGCAGCGGCACAGGAGGCUCUCAGCUCGAUGGCUGACCACCUAGAAGGCGAAGCAGAUAACCUGGAGAAGGCAGCUGUUUAUGUUGGAGAGGUGGUAGUACUUCGGGAUGCGGCCCAAGCCGAAUUUGAGAAGCUUUUCAGCUUCCUCAGCAUGAAAGCCAUGAGGACUGCUGACUUUUGCUUGUUGUGGGACAAUCUUUUCCUGCCGGGUGACUUGAUGGUCAACAAGGGUAAGGAUGACUAUUUCAUACCCGCCUUUUGCUGUCAAGAACCCUUCCAGAGAGAGCACAUUGAGGUCUUGUGGGGUCUACACAUUCCCGGUGAGGCCGAGCAGAGUGAGCAAGCUUCAAUGGAGGGACCGCUGGACGCUCAGCAGUUUUGUGCUGCACUGAUCCCUUUGGUCCAGAGCCCAGAGGAUUUCUCCAACAACGCCACGGCCUUCUCUGCUUGUCCUGGCACCAGAUCAAACGGGGGUGAUUUAGGUGAGGUCGAAAGAGGUCAGAUGCAUCCGGCCAUUGAGGCUGUGCUCUUUGAUCCGGAGCUGGAACUUCGAGUUCCCUUGGGGCCUGUGGAAACAGAUGCCGGAUAUCAUUUGAUCAUGGCCAGGAAAAAGUGCAAAGGAAUUCUUUCCACCACGGUUUCUGCCAGUCACAUCUUGGUGAAGCACGGACGUUACAAGCCUCCAGCUUGUGAGGCAUCGAUUCAUUUGCCAAACUUGGUGGGAGAGGAAGGCGACGUCGCGCGGACUUGGCGGCGAUGGUCUUUUGCGCAUUCCUUACCUCCAGCACUAUCACACUUGGCAGAAGCACAGGACGAAGCCGAGCAACUCCAGCAAAAGCGUUUGGCCUUGCAGGGGCAACCUGGUUUGCGACUUCUAUUUAGGUGGGAAGGUGCCUUUGUAUUCAAUAUCAAAGGCAUUUUGUCUGACAUAUCUGGUGAUAUGGUUGGACCCAUCAACUUGGUGGACGGGUCGAUUGAUUCUGAUUCGCGGAUGAAGCUGGGAAAUUUGCUGACCUUGGAUGAGGCUAGGGCUCUGAACGCAGAGAAGGAUGGUUUUGAUGGACGCUUGCAAUGGAUUGAGACCAGUUGGCAGGAUGCUGCUGGCAUUUUGGACAGUGCGAGCAUGUGCACGGCAGAGAUCUUACUGCAUCGAUCUGAUGCAGAUGGGUCACAUGGCAGGAAAACCGGGCCCAGUGUUCGGUUGCGGGUCAAGCCCACCAAGCUAGCCUAUGCUGCUUCGGAGCCUGGGCUUCGCUUGGGCCUUUCAUCAUCCAUCAAAGUGCAGGACAGAGUGGCCACCUUGGUCAAGCAGCUUGAAACAGGGGAGGUCCUAGUGAAAGUGGACAAUGGAGAGGAGGAGAUCAUAGACCCACGCCCGCGAACGGUGGUUGCUGCAAGCUCAAUUGCAAGGGCGCCAGGAAUUCAGAUCCUACUCCUUCAUGAUGGUGAACAUCUACUUCAUGCUGAAGUGGAAGAGUCUGCCAGAAAGCAGAACUUGCUUCGUCACAUCGUCGUGCACAACGGGACACGGCAGGAAUUUGACCUCAACGAGAUGAACCACAGCCUUCAACGGUUUUCGAGCGCUCAAGAAUUUGAAGAAGCCCGCAUGGCAUACUGCAGACAGAUCAUGGAGGACGGUCGGUACAUUGAGGAUGCGAUCACUGGAAAUCGUGUGGACAUUUCCGAGCAGAUCGUGCGAGUGGAAAUGCAGGUGAGGCGUCAAAGCGACGCAGAAACUCUCAGGCACAUGCCCUUUGAUGACCUCGAAUGGGUCUCAGAUAGCAGCUUCCGCCUUGGAGAGCGUGUGUGGGCGCAGGGACGUGAGGGCACCAUCGAGCAUUUACAAAAGCACAACCGCUACAUGGUGAAGUUCUCUGAUGGCUCAUCCUCUCCGGCAUUGCAUGCCUCCUCCAUCAAACGAGCGCAAGCUAUUGCUGGGGUCCAAGACCGUAGCUUUGCCAAAGUCCAGGAUAUUGCGGAGAUUGUGCCGUUGCUCUUGCACCCAUGUCGCUUACAGGGUCGACUCCAUGGAGCUCAUUCUUCACAGCCCGUCCUUAUCCGGGCUGGGGCAGGGACAGGAAAGACGUGGUCGAUGCAGCAGCUGCUGUUUCUCUUAGCCAGCGAGUUGAGUCGUCCAGAGAAAGACAGCAAGCUGCGAUUGGUGCCCCUGCUGAUUCCUAUCCAGAAGCUGGCUCGAAUGCUGCGAAAAGCCAACUCUGAGGAAGGCUAUCCUUCCAAUUUGGUUCUUUUCUACAUUCAAGCCGAAUUUUCGGAUGGAAGGACGAGGAGGCUGUUGGAGCAAGCCUUUGAAAUGCGUAGUCUCAUUGUCAUGCUCGAUGGAAUCGACGAGGCAGCCAGCAUGAAGCUGGCGGUGGAGGACUACGUCACAAAGACACUGGUGCCAAUGGGCGUGCCUUUGCUUGUGACUUCUCGACCUGAAGGCAUCCGCAAGAGGCUGUACUCUCGAGAUUUUGUCAUCAUGAACCUGAAACCACUGGGCCAAGAUCAGCAGCAUAAAAUCAUCGAGAAGCAAUUGCAGAAGAACAACUUCUUCAGACACUUGUUGGCUUUUCAUGGAGCCAGAAGAGAGCAGGAGAAGACCUUCAAGGACAGCUUCUCUCCGCAGCAAGUUGAGCAGAUCGAAAAGGCAUUGCAAGCAACGUGUGGUACAGCGGCUCCUCAGUCCACCCACUCUCCUGACCAUGAAGUUUUGACAGCAGUGUUUUUUUGCAUUGCAGUCCGCUUGCUGAGUGAAGCAGGGCUAGAUGCGAAUGCACUACAACUUCCACUCGAGCUGCGGGAAGGUGAUGCUGGGAACCCGAAGGACAUGAGACGUCGCUUGAGCUUGCACUCCCAGAAGACGGGGAUGAUUCAAUCCGACUUUGUGUGCCCUUCCUCCGAGUCCUUUGUGAAAGUCAUCAAGGCCUUGACCUCAGAUUUUCAAACCCAUGUUGAUGGUGAACCUGCCAAACUCCAAGCAGCUGGUGUAGCCUCAAAGUUUCAAAACCCUGGGCUUCUUCGACUGCGCUAUGUGAGCUGCAAACUCUACUUGGUCUAUCAAGAGACAUCUUACCCUGUACAAGUGCAAGUCCAUCAUUGUGGGUGUCUAGCUGCUUUCAGACAUUCAGCGGCACAAGACGAUUUGGCCUUUUUGCGCAACGCCUUGCGUGCUUCUUCGCACAGCAGGCCCGAAGAGGGCACAUUUGAUGCCAUGCUUGAGGCGCGGAUGGAUGUCUUUGAGGAGAUUUGCAGCAUACCUGUCCUGCUCUCAGUCUUGGCGUGCGCUUUCGCGUUGGAGGUUCAGCGAUUGCCAGCGGACAUCUACGAGCUUUAUGAGAUGGGCAUGCUUACAACUCUUCAACGACGGCUGGAUCAGGAGCAAGUUGCAACUGCCCUUGAGAUGUUGGAAAUGAUAGCCGUUGCCAACCACAAAGCCAAGCGGCGGACGUUCCAGGUAGAUGAUCUCCAAGAGGUCUUCCAACAGAAGCCUCAGUUAUUGACACUGUGGUCCGAAUUGCUGGAAGAUGGACAUAUUCCAUUGGUCAAGAUCUUAACCCUAGGCCACUUGACAGGUGAGUUUCAAUUUAGCCAUCUCAGCUUUCAAGAAGCUCUUUUUGUUCGAUCCUUGGCGUUGGGAUCGGACAACCAUUUCUGGAGUGACCGCCUUUCUUUAUGCUGCAACUUGAACGAUCCCUUCUACCGAAAUGCGUUACUGAUUGGUCGGAAUCACUUGGCAGAAUCUCUCACAGCAAAGCAGCCGCAUCUCAAUUUUGACUGCCAGCCUCGAUUGUCAGAAGUGGGCCGCACGGGCCUUCGAAACUUACUUGCAGGCGUUCACACCAUUGCCGAACUCGAUUUGGCCAAUGUGAACCUCCGAAAUGACCAAGAAGUUCAUGCUCUUGUCUCAUCACUCACAUCUGCUGCCACGGGCCCGAAUUUGCGGGUCCUGUGUUUGAGUAGAUGCCAGCUGACUGAGAAAUCUACGAGUGCAAUUGGCAUUUUACUGAAAUCUUCGCGUCUUUCGAAGCUGGACCUGGAAGGAAACACACAUUUUCUCACAUCAACAGAGGCUGCAGAUGGCUUUGCCGACUCUAUUGGAAGUCAAGGACUUCAAUCCUUGGAAUUUUGCAGCCUUAGAUGGUGCCACAUCCCGCCUACUGUGCAUCCGGCAAUUCGCCGACUAUUUGAGACAUGCUGCGUUUGUAAAGGCUUGACGCUAGAUUUGCAAGGAAAUCGAGCCUCACGAAGCAGUUUCGAUGGCUUUGCGUGCCUCAAGGGCUGCUUGUGAUUGCUGGGAGCGCUCCUGGCGU